AUGGCUUCGACGGCAUACAGGCACCUUCUUCGUUCAGCGCGAUUAGCGUUUCAGGGCGACACACACCUCCUUCAUGCCGCCCGCAGCGAAGCCAGAAAUGGCUUCCGGAAGAACGCAUCAAUGAGCCUUGACGAUCCGGCAUUGGCGCCCGCGAUAGCUCAUGCUGAGGAGGUGGCAAAGAUCCUGAGAGAGAAUGUAGUUCAAGGAAAGUUGGAGGGUAAUGAUAGGUACAAACUUCGCAUUCAUGAGCAUACUGAGAGAGGUGACAAUGACACCAUCAAAAUGCCAAAUGGUCAGAAGGUGGUUAUUGAUGGGAAGAAGUGCUCUGAUCGUUAG